AAAGUGCCAAAACUGUCAAAUACAAAUGCCAAAGUUGCCACCUAACCAAAUUUUCCCACAACAAUAUUAAUUGCAAAAAAGCCUAUUUUAAAAGUAAAUAAAGCUAAUGGUGGAAUUAAACAAAUAAAUUUUAGCUUCCUAGUGAAAAAAACCAUGGGGCACCAUAAAUGUGUGAAAAAAAUAGUAAUUUAUGACUCAUGCGAAUAGCGACUACUUUUACUUCUCUGAGUAAUUGUUUAAAAUAGUAAAAAUGUCUGAAAGGAAGGGUACUAAAGCGCUGGAGUUGUGGUGUAAGCGUUUGGUGAAAGAUUGUCCUGAAGUGCAAAUAGAUAACAUGACUACAUCAUGGAGAAAUGGUGUAGCGUUUUGCGCCUUGGUACACCACUUUAGACCUGACCUAAUUGAUAUGGCCAAACUAAAGCCAGAAAAUAUAUAUGAAAACAAUCAACUGGCAUUCAGUAUUGCAGAGAAACAUUUGGGCAUACCAUCACUUUUGGAUCCUGAGGAUAUGGUUGAGAAUGAAGUCCCUGACAGAUUAUCAAUACUGACUUAUUUAUCUCAGUUUUAUCAACGUCUAGGGCAUACAGUGAACACAAAGUCCACAGAAAGCGAGUCGAAGUUGCAAUCACCAUCAUCCACCCAAUCCACUGCACCAAUCAAGUUUGGAAAGGCAGGCCUAGACAAGUGCGCUGCAUGCGGCCUGCCUGUGUACCUAGCGCAAAGACUCAUAGUGUCGCAUAAACUGUACCACAGGAGAUGUUUCCGUUGUUCCAAGUGUUCUGGACACUUGAACCCCAAGAAUUUCGAAGUAAUUGAAGGAUCUGACUUUUCUUGUGAUAGUUGUAAAAAUGAAAAAACUUUAUCGAAAUUCCUUAAUAAUAAUGAUCAAAUGGGCAUGCUGGCAUUUAGUGAUGAUUUGUCUGAACAAAAGCCAGAUGACCCAAUAGAAGAACCUAUUAGCCCCAAACACAGGGCGAGACCACAGUCAAUUUUAGAAAAAAUAAGCAUGUUUGAGAAUAAUGUAGAAAAAGACACAAGUAUUGAUAAUAAAUUAGGAAGUCUAUCUUUAAAAGACACAAGUAGUAAGCAUAAAGAAAUAAGUACAUCUAGUAAUUUUAGUAGCACCAGCGGCGCACAAGGUGACCCUUUUGAAAAUAUUAUAACAGAAACUGAUUCAAAAUCUCCAUAUGAAAAGGAGAUUUUAAAUAAUGACAGUGAAAAUAUACUUAAAAAAUCACCAGAAAAAGUGUAUAAAAGUAACAUAAAUAAAUUUAAUUUCUUACAAACACAACUUUCGGGAGAUGUUAUAGAGCUUGACAGUAAUAUGGAUGACUCUGACGUGGUCACGCCUGAGAACAAAACGGAAGACUGUUGCAUUGAUAAAGACGAAGAAACAAGUGAUAUUAAUAAGAGUGAUAUUGAUAAUGAUAUUAAAAACAAUGUACUUAAAGAGGAGAAAAAUAUAACUGAUGAUAUUAGAUUGGCUAAGACUCAUAAUGUAUCUGAUGCUGACUGUCCUUCUCUAGAAGAGAGUGACAUAAACCAGGCAGAUGUGAUCAUAACAGUACCGCCACGACGGAAAAAACUACUUAACUCUCCAGAAAAGAGAUCUGAAAAUAAUGUAAAGAAAGAUAUUGAACAAAAAAAAGAAGAUGUAGUGUACCCGGAUCAUUUAAACCCUUUUUCCGACGAUGAGGAUGAGGAUGAUAAGCCACAGCAGCAAGCACCUAAAAAAGUGAGCACGAAUCCUUUUGGAAGCAGCGAUGAAGAGGACGAUGAAGUGCCGCCUAUACAACGCGCCCCCGCCGUGCCUGCCGGACGCUCAACUACUCCUGUCAAACGCCUCAUCGCCGCCAAUCCGUUCUGGUCUGACGAUGAAGAACCGUCAUCUGAUGAGGAAACUCAUAACGAAAGUUCGAAAAUGUACGAUUCUUCUCUGGCAACGAGUACCCCGAAUUUGCCGUCGAGUACUCCGCGACGUAAGAAGGGCAGGGCACCCCCGCCCCCUUCCAUCAGGGUCAUUGAACCCAACAUGGCGCCGGCCACGUCGAUGGACGACGUCGCUAGCCUGUCGUCUCUCAGCUCCUACAACUCCACUAUACAUUCUGAUCAGAAAUCGGUGGGCAAAAUUACUCCACGGCUGAAAAAGCGUCUGGCUCCUACUCCACCGGACAGUCUCUCCACUGUGUCUGGUGGAGCUGGCUCGUUAGAAAAAGGUGUGGACUCCAUCGGCCGACACAACUCUUCCAACACCUCGGAUGGUACGUUACGAAAGGCAAAAGGCCCCGCGCCAGGGUUGCCUUUGCCGGAGCGACGUGAGGUGAAGAUGCAAAUAUCGCCGGAGGAACUUCAAGUACAACUGGACCUACUGGAGACCCAGCAGCUAGGUCUGGAGCGGCAGGGCGUGCUCAUCGAGACCAUGAUCCGCGACAAGUGUGAGGGUGACGAGGCGUCUUCUGUGCCGCAAGAGGAAGUCGAAGAUUUAGUAAUCCAACUGUGCGAACUAGUCAAUGAGAAAAACGACCUAUUCAGGAAGCAAACUGAAUUGAUGUACAUCCGUCGGCAGCAACGGUUGGAGCAAGAACAGGCCGAUAUCGAACAUGAGAUCAGGGUGAUACAAUCGCGACCAGCCGUCAACCGUAUCGACGCGGACAAGGCGCGUGAGGAGCAACUAGUGGCACGGUUGGUGCAGAUAGUGCGCAUGCGCGACGAACUGGUUCAACAGAUCGAUGCGGAACGCCGGCGCGAGCGGCAGGAGGACCUCGCCAUCGCCGCCUCCAUCGCCUCCAAGAGAGCUCAAAGAAACAGCGACUCAAACAGUUCGUCGAUGAAAUCCGGCGAAGUCGCUGCAACGCCCAAGAAAAACAAAGUUAAAGACAAAAUGAAAAAGCAAUUCAAGAAAGCAAAACAUUCGUUAAUUUCUAAGAAAAAAGAUGAUUCUGGUGAUAAUAAAAAGGAAGACAAACCAGAGAAGGAAAAGAAGUCAAAGUAACUGUUGUAUGUCAUAAAAAUAUUUACAAAUCGCGAAAUUUUUUGUACUCUAUUUAUUUCUAGUGUCCUUUUUUUCGUUUAUGAUUGAUUUAUUAUGUAGAUACUCUAAAUAUAACGUACUGAAAGUACUUAAGUAAGACUGAAACAUUCCACUAAAAAAAAGUAACUUAGUAUCUCUGUUACGAAAAAAUAGAAAGGUAUUUAUAAUUUUGUAUCAUAGACAUUGGAUUUCCCUUUUUGUACUAAUGGGCCAUCAACGUCUCUAAACCAUGUCGAUAAAUCAAUUGUAGAAUUAAAGUAUAGAUUACAUUGGAAACAUGUGCCAGAUUGUAAAAAGUAACUAAAUUGAUAGUUCAUUGUGCCAUGCGAUCGACGGUUGACUCGCAUAUGCGAAUGAAAAGAUUUAAUCAGAAUAUGAAACCAGCAUUGAUACUGAAAUCAGGAUCAUACUUAAUAAUACCAACAGUAUUGUAAUUAUUGUAUUAAUAAGAAUCAUAUCAAAAAUCAAUUUUACCAUUAAUCACCUUAGGUCUUAUAAAAAUCAUGAAAUUGUUCAAAUUAACCGUUUUAUCUUAAUAUGCGGCUUUUAGAACUUUUAUUUUUAAGCUUUAACAUAGUAUACAACAACUAAUUAAUACUUUUGAUUGUCGAUCACCCGUGCUGGGGCAAGAUUGAAUUUCAAUAAGUAACAAUUUUACCAACCUAAGCUUUUGGCUAAAUGUGACGUAUGUGUGUACGUCACUUCCCCUACAUAAGCAUCCAUAUGCCCGUAACUUAUGUUAAUGCGCUGACUGUACAUAAAGACAAUUCAUUAGAAACGCCUGGUGCUAAUUCAUAAGCCAAGAUAGACUUAAGUCUAUCGUGAUGUAAAUCACGUCAGUUUAGCUCGGUCUGUCUGAUCACAUUCGCACUUUUGAUAUACCGAUACAUAUAUUUCUUGAAAUAUUUAAGUACAACAUGCAGUGGCGGAAUUCCCUUCCUAAGAUAUAUGGGGCGACUAAUCAUGAAUUUAUAUACUGAAGCGAAUGUGAAACGAUAGCAAAAAGUACAUAAAAGUGGUUAUUUCUUCAUGCAGACACCUCACUGUAUUAGUCUUGAGAGAGUAUUAUUUCCGAUGAGAACGGGCAUAAGCCGCUUGGGUUGCGUCUCAGUAAACAAUGAGCUGAGAGGGCUGUUACUUCACGGCCUAGACAAAAUCUGAUUAACAAUCUGCACUGACGCCCUGAGGUACAGCUUAUUGAAAUUUGACCAUGUCUGACCUGGACACACCACUUUACGAUUGCGAGGCUUCUCACUCUAAAUAUUAACUAAGUUUAAAUUGUUAUUUAUGAGAAAUUAAGCUAGCACUGGAGAAAAGUCAAGGUAUAUGCAAUUUACUCUAUAAAACACUAGUGCCUAUGGAAAGAUAUCGAAAAGUUAACAUCUGUGCAGCUAUAGUUUUCUAUGCUGCAUAGAAAUAUAUAUGCUAGCCUACUCCUUUUUAUUUUUAUGUGCAGUUGAGUUAACUCUUGUAUUUAUAUUUUUGAAAUGUCUUACUUUCUAUUGCAUUGAAGAAUAUUCUGUUCCAAAUUUCUAUAUUCUGUUGUGCUGUUGUUUUUAAUGAUUUAUUAUUAUGGUUUGAAAAUUGACUUUUCAUGUUUGUGAACUCUGAGACAUAGGACUGACUAAUACAUUGACCACACAAUGACAUGACAGUAAACAAAACACAGGGUACCCCAGAGAUCUUUUAUUACAAGUAUGCAAUGUAUAUUAGAUAAUACAGAAUAUACAUAUAUUCUAUUUGGCAACAAGAAAAUACUCGUCUUCCGAAUUAUCAAAAUUAUGUAUAUGUUAUACCUAUGUUGCUUUUUAUAUAGAAUUAAUUUUGUUAACUAGUAUAAGUUAACGCACAGGGUUUACAGAAUAACAUUCAUGAUUGUGAACAAUGCUUGUAACAGCCUUAACAUUGCUUUUUAUAAACACAAAAUAUAUGUCUUAAAGAUAAGUGCACUUAACACAAAAAGCACAAAUCAUUCUAUAACUUAAUAAAAAAUGGAAAAAGUAA